AAAGUAUGUCGUUAUAUAACGUAAAUAAAAACAUCGCAUUCACCGCGUGCUCAGAUUGGUGCGCGCUGCGCGAUGUCCCGGAUGAUGCUCGCACCGGAAGAGAAGGGGCAGCUCUCCCAGCCAUCUUGUGGCAGCAUCCAGCGAACUGGUCGCAUCAAGCCUCGUAGAAUCGGAGGUGAAUCCCGUUGAAGGGGCGCCAUCAUGCCCGGACACCUGCAAGAAGGCUUCGGCUGCGUCGUAACCAACAGGUUCGACCAGUUAUUGGACGAUGAGUCCGACCCGUUCGAGAUACUGAAAGCUGCAGAAAACAAGAAGAAGGAGGGAGCCGCCGCUGGUUCCACCAAGACCGCGGCUCAAGCCGCCAAGCAGCCGAAGAAGGAGUCACAGAAGGACAGAAAAAACCCUCUGCUGGACAAAAAGGAGGAGACCCAGGCGCCUGUUCCCCUGAAGAAAGAAGGCAUCAGGCGGGUGGGCAGAAGACCAGACCAGCAGGGCCAGCCUGGAUCCCAGCAUCAGGGCGGGCAGAGUGAAGGUCGACCUGGAGACAAGAGGCCGGACCGGAGACCACCUCGUGAGCGCCGUUUUGAGAAACCUGCUGAGGAUAAGCCUGAGGGAGGUGGAGAGUUCCCUGCAGACAAGCCUUCUGGAGACAGGCCCCCAAGAGGGCGUGGUGGCGGCCGGGGCGGGCGUGGUGGAAGAGGACGGGGCAUGGGUCGAGGCGACGGCUUCGACUCGCGUGGGAAACGAGAAUUUGACAGACACAGCGGGAAUGACAAAUCGGUCGCAAGGAAGCUGGAGCCUAACCCAGCAUUUAACAGCAACAAUCCAAAAAGCGAGGAGAAGCGCGGCGGCUCUGGAUCGCACAACUGGGGCAACUUGAAGGAAGAAGUGAGUGAAGCUGAACAGACCCCUGCUCCUGAGACGACCCCGGAGGGGGAGGAAAACGCACCUGCCAGCUCCGAGAACAAAGAGAAUGAGGUGGAAGAAGUGAAAAGCGAAGGUCCCAGAGAGAUGACCCUGGACGAGUGGAAGGCCAUGCAGGACAAGGAGCGCACCAAGGUGGAGUUCAACAUCCGAAAGCCCAACGAAGGCACUGACAGCCAGUGGAAGAAAGGAUACGUGCUGCACAAGUCCAAGAGUGAAGACAGGCCUGUUGGUGCUUUGAUCGAUGCUGCAGAGAUGGAAGCGGACUCUCCUGCUCUGUUCAACAAGGGAACCGCCGACGAGUCCGCUGACCACCAUUUCCGUAAACCAGCCAACGACAUCACAUCUCAGCUGGAGAUCAACUUUGGAGACCUGGGCCGUCCUGGCCGCGGGCGUGGGGGCGCUCGCGGAGGCAGAGGAGGCCGUGGCGGGGGAGGCAGCAGGACGGCACGCGGGGGAGGGCGGUCUGAAAAGGCGAGUGGCGCGUCGGUCCCCAAUGUGGAUGAUCCCGAGGCCUUCCCAGCCUUGGCCUAAAGGCUCCGUCUUUCACCACCGGCCCACCCAUCUGCCCUUCCGGGCCCCUCCUCUACGAGGCUUGCAUGCUUACCACAUCUUCAAGUAUAUAAGAAAAACAAAGAGAGAAAAAAAUGACAAAAAAAGACUGUCAUCCCAUAACACUCACAACACCCAAGGACUAAAAUUUUAUCUGUUUUAAAGAACAAAAGACGACAAAAAGAUGGAAAAAGGACCUCUUGUUACACUGAAGUUUUGUAUUUAGGAACAUAAAAGCAGGGAUGGUUUUUUUUCUCUUUUUUUUCCAGAGUUUAUGCAUACUUCAUGUUGUUUUUUUGUUUUUUUUUUUUUUUUGCUGCUUGAAUUUCUACAUUUCUGCUAUUAGGUUGAAGUGUGUGCAUCUCUUCCCCUUCAAGAGCUUUUGUGCUCCCCCAUCCUCCCUCUUGACUUGAGAUCUGUAUUAUGAGGUCAGCUGUAGAGAUGACUUUGUACUGGAGGCGUCAUCUCCUCCUCCUUCCUCAGUAAUACACACAUGGGGUAGCGCAACACUACAUGAGAAACUUGUACCAGAUGUCAGACGCACAGCUUAAAAUGCAUUUAAAGUGUCAUUUUUUGGCUCCUGACCACCCAUCCCUUUUUGUUGAGGCACAAAUCGAGGAUGGGUAACCAGCUUGAUGGGUUUUUUCUGCUCGUUUUGCAGUGAAAGUGAAAGCCUCUUAUACAGUUUGUAAUUUUUGGUGGACCAGUGGUUUAGUAACGUUUUGUAUCCCCUGAUCCAGAUGUGCUACCUGUGUUUUCAGGGUGUCCCAGGGCCCAGUGUAUCUUUAGGCUGGUCCUCUUAGGUCACACAAACUGCUUUCUUGUACAUUCAGGACCACUAAGCAAAUAUUGUGGGUUUUUUUUUUUUUCCUUUCAAUUUUUUUUCUUUUGUUAACGAUAUAUGCGUGUGCUUGUGUGUGUGAUUGCAGCAAAAGCGUGAGACUGAAUGUGUGGAUUUGAGUUAGUUACUUAGAAUUGAAGUAUUCCUCUGCUUUGAACUUGCCGUCCUUGCGCCGCAAGUUCUCGCCUGAAGUAGUUCAUACUGUCUUUUGAGAAGUGAUUGUUUAAAUGUAGAUGAGAACGAUAGAUGGACCAUGGACAUAUCUUGCUUCUACAGAAUCUUUCAGAUCUCAGAGCACUUGGUUUUAUCUGCACCAGUCCUAUGAAAAUUGUUUUCCUUCCUCCUUUGAAACCCAUAUUUUUUGCUGAUCUUUUUAUUCUCUCAGUGCAGAAGCAUCAAUGCAUAAUUUGUCUGAAAGAAUCGUCAGCUGUCAUUGUGGAACAAUCACAAGCCACAGAAUGUAAUGUAAGCUAGUGGUGCUUUCAGCCGUCUGUGUCAGCUUUUCAAGUGAGCAUUUCUUUUCUUUUAAUAAAGGGUAUGUUUCACGUUGGGGUUAGAACGGGGGAGGGGAGGGUUCGUUGAAGAUAUGGAGUGAAUUUUAAAGUUUUACAUGUUCUAGAUAAAGGCUCGCUGGUGACACGUCGAUACAGUCGGCUGGAGCAGUUAUCUUGUAGGACUGUUUGAGCCACAUGACGACAAAACUUUCUGCAAACAUCCCUGUUCUAAUAAAUCGCUCUAGAGGUGUUA